CAGAGUCCUCCGACUCGCCCUCGGCCUUCCGCGCCAGCCGCAGCCUUGCCGCAUCGCCACCCGCAGCCUUAGCCCAGCCCUAGGCGCCGCCCGGUCCCCGGCUCCUGCGGCAGCGGCUCCAGGCAGUCCCUGCGCCGACACCCUGGAGGGUGGGAUGCUCUUGUCCAAAAUCAACUCGCUUGCCCACCUGCGCGCCGCGCCCUGCAACGACCUGCACGCCCCCAAGCUGGCGCCCGGCAAGGAGAAGGAGCCCCUGGAGUCGCAGUACCAGGUGGGCCCGCUACUGGGCAGCGGCGGCUUCGGCUCCGUGUACUCAGGCGUCCGUGUCGCCGACAACUUGCCGGUGGCCAUCAAGCACGUGGAGAAGGACCGGAUUUCCGACUGGGGCGAGCUGCCCAAUGGAACCCGGGUGCCCAUGGAAGUGGUGCUGCUGAAGAAGGUGAGCUCGGGCUUCUCGGGCGUCAUCCGGCUCCUGGACUGGUUCGAGAGGCCCGACAGUUUCGUGCUGAUCCUGGAGCGGCCGGAGCCGGUGCAGGACCUCUUCGACUUCAUCACGGAGCGGGGGCCCUUGCAGGAGGAGCUGGCCCGCAGCUUCUUCUGGCAGGUGCUGGAGGCCGUGCGGCACUGCCACAGCUGCGGGGUGCUCCACCGCGACAUCAAGGACGAGAACAUCCUCAUCGACCUCCACCGCGGCGAGCUGAAGCUCAUCGACUUCGGGUCGGGGGCGCUGCUCAAGGACACCGUUUACACGGACUUUGACGGGACCCGAGUGUAUAGUCCUCCAGAGUGGAUCCGCUACCAUCGCUACCACGGCAGGUCGGCAGCGGUCUGGUCCCUGGGGAUCCUGCUGUAUGACAUGGUCUGCGGAGAUAUUCCUUUUGAGCACGAUGAGGAGAUCGUCAGGGGCCAAGUUUUCUUCAGGCAGAGGGUCUCUUCAGAGUGUCAGCAUCUCAUUAGAUGGUGCUUAGCCCUGAGACCAUCCGACCGGCCAUCCUUUGAAGAAAUCCAGAAUCAUCCGUGAUGCAAGAUGUGCUCCUGCCCCAGGAAACUGCUGAGAUCCAUCUCC